UGGCAAACAUUGAGACAAUUGAGUGAAAAGUGUUUGUGUUUUGCAUUUAAUUAUUCAAUUGAAUCGCAUUUGCAGUGAAAUGUGUGAACCGGUGGCCAAUCACUCGCACGACUCGCAAGCGGGAAGCGCUCCAAGAGGUCACCAAACGGUCCACCAAUUGAGUGACCGAUUGAAGCAUUUUGAGAGCAUUUCCGACAAUUGGUUUCAAUUUAUUGACGACUUCUUGGAGCAGUUCUUGGACUCGAAGUUUGAAUCGUUGAGUGCAUUGAUGGCAGAGAACAACGACCUCAUGGAAGCGCUGCAGACCAGACACAGCCAUGAGUUAAAUGAGAUCAUUGGCAGCGUUGACGACAACAUCACCACUGAAACGGAUUUGAAUAACCAUUUGUUGGAUUUGAAGACUAGUGUCGAGACAUUGAGUUCGCAAUUGUCGGACAAAAAGAGUCACAAAACGGAUCUGACGAACAAAACGAAGAGUUUGAUGAAAAAAGUCGAGGAAAUGGAGAACAGAGUGAAAGACUUGAAACAACAAAACCAUUCAAACGAUUCAAAUGAAUACAUGGUUUUGGCGUCAGUUAUGCGAGUCAUGUAUAAGACAUGGAAUAACUCACAAGUGGUCGGAUUGCUUUUCAAUGACAACGAAGAGAAGAGUUUAGAGAAACUUAUAGUUAUGGACAACGAGAAGAAGUGCGAGAAAACAAUGUCUCAACAGUUCUGGCGGUCACUCAAUACUGACUAUCAACUCGACGACUGAUCCACCCAUCCAUCCAUUUCAACAUGAAUUCAAAGCACUU